GAUACUCUAUCCUCUCUUCCUUCCUAUAAUAGUAUUAAUAUGAUCCCUGCGUUUCCUUCUCUUUCAAAAACUAACUCUGCAAGAAGAAAAUGGCGCCAAUUCCAACUUCCAACGGAAUCCGUUCCCCCAACACUUUCUCUCCAUCUCUUUCAAUCUCCACCGUUCAUUCUAUCCCUCUCUCCUUUUCUCAUUCUUCAUCUCCUUCUCUUUCUUCUGCUCUCUCCCUUUCCUUUCCCAUUUCUCGCCGUUUCCGCUCACUCCGAUUCGAUUCCAGCAAAAACCCUAUCACUAAGGGAUUGAAGGUGAAUUGUUCGGUUGGAGGUGAGCCGUUGAAAGUCAUGAUCUCGGGGGCGCCUGCAUCAGGAAAGGGAACUCAGUGUGAGAUGAUUGUUCAGAAGUAUGGAUUGAUUCACAUAUCUACUGGAGAUCUUUUAAGAGCUGAAGUAUCAUCCGGGACAGAAAUUGGAAAUAAAGCAAAAGAAUAUAUGGAGAACGGCCUUCUGGUUCCAGAUGAAAUUGUCACAGCUAUUGUGACAUCAAGAUUGUCACGGCAAGAUGCAAAAGAGAAAGGGUGGCUUCUUGAUGGUUACCCACGAAGUUCCUCCCAAGCACAAAGCCUUGAAAGAAUCAAGAUUAGACCGGACAUAUAUAUAGUGUUACAUGUUCCUGAUGAAGUUCUAAUCGACAGAUGUGUUGGAAGAAGGUUGGAUCCAGUCACUGGGAAAAUUUACCAUCUUAAAAAUUUCCCUCCAGAGACGGAAGAAAUCAAUGCAAGACUUGUUACACGUGCGGAUGACACUCAGGAAAAAGUUAAAUCACGCCUAGAGACAUAUAAGAAAAAUGCUGAAGCUAUCUCAUCAACAUACUUGGAUGUGUUGAAUAAGAUUGAUGGAAAUCGUCCAAAAGAAGUGGUAUUUGAAGAAAUAGACUCUCUUCUGCUGCAAGUCCAAGAGGAUAAAGUCAAGAUGAGGAAAUCAAACAACUUGCAUGGCAAAGCAACUAUUGAGAAUGCUAUGCUUUCAAAUAUGACCUCUUCAAGCCAGGAUAAUUGGAGAGGGAUUCCUACUCGUUUGAAUAACAUUCCUCAUUCAAGGGAAAUAAGGAAAUACUUCUAUGAUGAUGUGCUUCGAGCUACUCAAAGGGCUGUAGAGGAUGGAAGAAUCCGAUUGAAGGUGGAGAUCAAUAUCCCUGAGCUGAACCCAGAAAUGGAUGUUUAUCGAAUAGGUACUCUAAUGGAACUUGUUCGAGUGCUUGCUCUUUCAUUUGCAGAUGAUGGAAAACAUGUCAAGGUUUGCGUCCAAGGGUCAAUGGGAGAAGGCGCUCUUGCUGGGAUGCCAUUACAACUAGCUGGAACUAGAAAGAUUUUGGAAUUCAUGGAUUGGGGAGAUUAUGAUGCUAUGGGAACCUUUAUCAACAUUGGUUCUAUAGGUGCCAAAGAGGUCAAUGAACAAGAUGACAUAUUUAUUCUAGUUGCUCCUCAAAAUGCUGUUGGGAACUGUAUAAUCGAUGAUCUAAAAGCUAUGACAGAUGCAGCUGGGAGCCGUCCUGUCAUUAUUGUUAAUCCUCGUCUCAAGGAUUUACCUAGUUCAAGUGGCAUAAUGCAAACAAUGGGAAGAGAUAAGAGACUGGAGUAUGCAGCAUCAUUCGAGAGUAGCUAUUCUUUUCGACUUCUUUAUUAUGCAGGCACACAAUAUCCCAUUAUGGGUGCUCUCAGGAUGUCUUACCCGUACCGUUACGAACUCUACAAGAGGGUUGAUGACCCCUCUGGAAAGGAGAAGUAUGUUAUUCUGGCCACAUUCCCACAAAAGCCGACUGUUGACGAAAUAAAUGAUGCCUUCACAGGAAAGCCAAGAAACCAAGAAAAAGCAGCUUCAGGAAUCUGGAAUUUCUUUAGUGGGUUGCUUGGAUAAAAUGAAGAAACUUUGAAAUGAUUGCACAGGGAUUCAGGAUUACAAGUUAAAGGGUGAGGGUGUACAUGUUUUAGUUCAAGUCUACGAGAUCAAAAUCUUCUUCUUCUCCUUUUUUUUUUUUUUUUUGUCAAAUAUGUAAUUCAGUUACAUCACUGAAUCAAUGAAAUAUUUAUUUUUCUA